CCUCCUCCCAGCUUCUCUUGCUCACUCUCUCUCUCUCUCUCAGAGUCUGUAUUUCCACCUGUCUCCCUCACUGCCAACACUUCUGUUGUUCCCUCUUCUAGGUGAAGAUGGCGGCCCAGGAGAGCUGUCUGAGUCUCAUCAAGUACUUCCUGUUCGUGUUCAACCUCUUCUUCUUUGUCCUAGGCAGCCUGAUUUUCUGCUUCGGCAUUUGGAUACUCAUCGACAAGACCAGCUUCGUGUCCUUUGUGGGUCUGUCCUUUGCACCCCUGCAGACCUGGUCCAAGAUCCUGGCCGUCUCAGGAAUCCUCACCAUGGGCCUGGCCCUCCUGGGUUGUAUGGGGGCACUCAAGGAGCUGCGCUGCCUUCUGGGCCUGUAUUUUGGGGUGCUGCUGCUCCUGUUUGCCACACAGAUCACUCUGGGGAUUCUCAUCUCCACUCAGCGGAUUCGGCUGGAGCGAAAAGUUCAGGAGCUCGUGCUGGAGACCAUCCAGAAUUACCGCAUGAACCCAGAAGCGACGGCAGCCGAGGAGAGCUGGGACUAUGCACAGUUUCAGCUGCGCUGCUGCGGCUGGUACAGCCCCCGGGACUGGUUCGGUGUGCUGAGCAGCAACGAGACCGAGGGGCCUCAUGUGCCCUGCUCCUGCUACAACACAUCGUCCACCAACGACUCCACCAUCUCCCACAAGAUCUUCUUCUCCCAGCUCGGCCUGCUGGGCCCGCGAGCGCGGCCCAGGCCCAGCGCAGACCUCUGCGUGGUCCCCGCCAACGAGUACACAUACAGCGAGGGCUGCGCUCGGAGCCUCCAGAAGUGGCUGCAUAACAACCUCAUCUCCAUAGUGGGCAUUUCUCUGGGCGUCGGUCUACUCGAGGUGAGUGUCAUGGUGCUGAGCCUGCAGCUACAAUGCAAACUGCUUCGCUGGGAACACGGACCCCAAGUGUCCAGCGCCCACAGUUCAAGCCCCAUGCCCGGCCUGAGCGCUGAUAGCGGUGGCGGGCACGGUGGUAUUCUCAGCAACAGCAGCGGGCGUAGCAGCACUUCGUGGGGUGGUCGAGGCAUGGCGGGUGCCUGCCCAAACUGGGGGGACCGGGCCCCACAGGGCAAACUAUGCCUGAUGCCGGGGCCCAGGCCAAUUUGUGAUCAAGGUGAAGAGCAGCCAGAGACCCAGGGCGCGAGGGCAGAGAUGAAGGUAGAGACAGAAGGGGAGACAGAGGAACCUCCAGAAUAAACUGCCCUGGGCUUGCUUCUGACCUU